CGCUACCUGAUGUGCAUAUGUGUUGUCAAAGAAUCUUCCUCAUUUGCUGUUAAUUUAUUCAGGGGAAGUAAAGGAUAACAAACUGAGACUCCCUGGAGGGAAAAUGGACGCCGAACAACGAAGUCCAGAUGAAAGACUUAAUUACACAUAUGAUGAUUAUGAUUACAGCAAUGACUCGAUGGAGGAUGAAGUAUGCGAUCUGGAAACCGUUCAAUUUAGACUGGUCUUAGUUCCAGUAUUAUUCUCUGCUGUGGUGAUAGUCAGUAUCCUCGGCAACAUAUUAGUGAUGGUCCUUUUGGCUAAAUAUGAAAAUCUCCGCUCUCUCAUUAAUGCAUUGAUCCUGAACCUGGCCGUGUCAGAUCUGAUUUUCACCGUUGGUUUACCCUUCUGGGCCUACUACCACAUGUAUGGUUGGAAUCUAGGGGAGACGGCUUGCAAAAUAGUUUCUUUUAUUUUCUAUGUGGGCUUCUACAGCAGUGGUAUCCUCCUCAUCUUGAUGACUGUUCAUCGCUACGUGUCCGUCAUGAGGCCUCUGUCGGACCUCGUGACCUCCAGGGGUUACGUCGGUGUCCUGGCCUCUGUGUUCAUCUGGACCCUGGGCUUCUUGGCCGCCUUGCCGGCCUUGUUAUUUACCAGUGUGAAUGAAAACAUGUGCGAGUAUGCGGAUGCAUACUGGAAGGACUUUGGCAUCUACCAGCAAAACAUAAUGUUCUUAGUGACUGUGGUGAUCUUCUGCUUUUGUUAUGCUCAGAUCCUAUGCAGACUAAUGCACUCCCGUGCACAGAGAAGGAGGCACAGGACUCUCAAGCUAAUCUCCACUCUUGUUAUGGUUUUCUUUGUGGGCUGGGCACCAUACAAUGUUCUCAUAUUUCUACGAUCUGUAAGAGAGAGUAAGGAUUGCGAAGACUACAAAAGAUUGGGCUAUGCAUUUUACAUCAGCCGGAUGUUCGCUUAUUCGCACUGUUGCCUCAAUCCCGUGUUCUAUGUGUUUGUUGGGGUUAAGUAUAAGAACCACAUGAAGAGAAUGCUGAGAGGUUGGGGUAAGCAGACAAACAGUCUCCGCAGUAGACACAGCCGGCUUACCAUCACCUCCGUGACUAGCGGCGAUGAGUUCUCAAUAUAAUGUACUCUGCAAAGAGCAGUCUCCAAGGCAAUGGUUGCUUAUGAAUAUCUGCAUUUUCUGUGUGAUCAAUGUGAUUUUGCAUUGUAUUUUGUAAGGCUUGUACUUGACUUUUAGUUUAGUUCAAGCUUAAAAUGAUUGUGAGAUUUGGCUUUUUAUUCAUUAACUCUGAUAUAUUGUUGUCAUCGGGGGUAAUGGACAUAAAAUGAGAUCAUUCUAAAUAUCUUAUAUAAAUGUGUUAAUAUGAAUCUGCAAGCUUAUACUCUGUUAAUAUAGUUGUACAAAGAUGUUUAUUGGUGUUUUAAAAAUCAUCUUUUGCAUUUCAUGUUGGCUUGGUGUUGUUUCCUCAAAACCUUGGAAUUGUAAAAACCUUGGAAAAGCUGUUUUGUUGUGGUUUAUUUGAGUUUAAAGCCAAUUCAUUGACUAUUAGAUUGCAUUGCCAAUUUUCAACUGAUCAAAACCAUUGCAUUUGCAUUACUAUUAAUGUGACAAAAUCGGUGUCAGUGGCGAGUGUUUGAAUCUAUGGGAACAAUCGCUUAUUGCCAAUAAUUCUACGUUCACUCCUUUUCCAUACACUAACCUAACAGUGUUCAUAGGCAAAACACUCAGAUACUAACGAGUGUUCUUCCAGCCCACAGUGGCCUUAUGCCAAAGUUCUCCUUUUUCUCUCUUCAAAUUACCAGGACCAGGGGAGACAGGAUCACUGUAUGAUUUGGUUUGUUGGUUAAUAAGGACUGUUUUGGGAAAGUUUGGAAGAAACGUGUUCCAAGCAAAGUAGCUAAAAAGGACCGAAAUGCACCAAAGUUGUCCAGAAACGUUACAACCAUAGAACCGUUUUUUAGAGAGGAUGGGCACGGAGUGACCUGUAGAGAGAUCUGUCUCUUAGGUGGGCGGAUGUCCAAGGGCCAUGCGGUAGCGUGUGUCCCCCUGCCGGAGAGCAUGCCUAACCCCACCGAGCUGGGU